AUGUGCGGCCCAGAAACCCCCUCCAACCUCCCCAGAGUCGGUGCUCGUGUAGACUUCUACUCGUCCUCUACCCGCCAACCAUUAGGAAACCUCCUCUUCCACAAUCCAUCCACUCCUUCCAGUUCAAGCGCUACCCACGUCCGGUUCUCGUCUCCUUCAUCAGGCUCAGCCUGUUCUUCACGAUCCUCUUCACCAGUGCCAUCUAAGAAGGAUGAUGAAGAUGUCCUAGUAUCCAUCCAUGUCUCGGGCGACAUGAGCAAACCCAUCCGAGAAUCCGGACUGCUCCAGCAAUUCUUUCUCCCAAGCACAUCCAUAGAAGCACACUAUGAGGUUGCGCUCCGAGAAAAGCUGUCACUUGUGGUUGGGAUAGGCAUCAUCGGACGGAGAGUUUCCAUGACCAGAGGCGAUGAGGUGCUGGCUGAUGGUAUCAUCGGGUUCAAUGCGCUGCCGGAAAGCAUGGCUUCUCUUUGA